CGAGUUCCUGUCGUCAUUUCCUCUGUGACUCGUCAGACACACACCAAAAAAUAAAAUAAUAAAAUCAGCAUCGUGCCAAAAGUCUGACGUAUAUCUGACUGCGUGAGAUCACGAGAACUUUCCAUCCGAUUUUAGGGUCACUUUCGUUUAAGAGCUUCGCGCCGUGCCUCACGCGUUAUCUCGGUGAAGGGAAGGCCACGUCCACAGCUAACCCCGGCGGAAAAGACGUAGCGCCCGGUUUCGUGGUAGCGGCUGGGCACCAACUCUGCUAGCCGCCCGCCUCUCAACUACCAACGGCGUCACUAGCAGAAGUAUCUCUUCGAGAGGCUUUUCUUCGGCAACCAUGGCAGUUCAGAGAAGACUUGGCUACCAAAACCUUGCAGUGUCGCUGUUUCUGUGGACCUUUUUCCUGGGCAUGGAUGUGAGAGCUCGGCCGGCCAACAUGUCUGCCCCGAAAGACAAAAGCUUAAUCAACAAGGACGAGAAUGAGAUUCUUCCGCCAGACCACUUGAAUGGCAUGAAGAUGGGCCUGGAUGGUCAACUCAACAAGGACUUUCACCAGGAGGUCUUCUUGGGAAAAGAGAUGGAAGAGUUUGACGAGGACUCUGAGCCAAGGCGGAACAGAAGGAAGCUUAUUGACAUCUUUUCUAAAGUGGAUUUCAACAAGGAUCACAGUGUGAGCGCCAAGGAAAUGCAGCGCUGGAUUAUGGAGAAAACUGAGGAGCAUUUUCAAGAGGCCAUGAAGGAGAACAAGAACAGCUUCCAUAGCGUUGAUCCGGAUGGUGACGGUCAUGUGACAUGGGAUGAAUACAGAGUCAAGUUUCUUGCCAGCAAAGGUUUUGAUCAAAAGGAAAUUGCUGAGAAAAUCAAGAAUAACGAAGAUCUUAAACUUGAUGAGGAUACGCAGGAUGUUCUGGAGAGCCUGAAGGACCGCUGGUUUCAAGCUGACAACCCUCCAGCCGACCAGCUCCUCAAUGAACAGGAGUUCUUGGCCUUCUUGCACCCGGAGCACAGCAGAGGCAUGCUCAAAUAUAUGGUCAAGGAGAUAAUGCGUGACUUAGACCAAGACGGUGACCAGAAGCUGACCUUGUCUGAGUUCAUCUCACUCCCUGUGGGUACUGUGGAGAACCAGGAAGGCCAAGACAUGGAUGACGAUUGGGUUCGUGAGCGGAAGAAAGAGUUUGAGGACGCCAUCGACGCCGACCACAAUGGCAUUGUCACCUUGGAAGAACUGGAGGAGUACAUGGACCCGAUGAACGAGCACAACGCUCUGAACGAAGCCAAACAGAUGAUCGCGGUAGCUGACGAGAACCAGAACCACACUCUGGAGCUGGAGGAGAUUCUCAAGUACAGCGAAUAUUUUACCGGCAGCAAGCUGAUGGACUAUGCCAGGAAUGUCCACGAGGAGUUCUGAAGGGCCCACUGUGUCGAUUUAUGCGUAGCCCGUUUUUAUUGCCGACCUGAGUUGCUCAGUCUCGUUCUUGUUUGGACUACAGUACGUGCAGGCAAAGCAGCUGGCUGUCCCCUUGAAAGUGUUGCACUAUAUUCAAAAUUGAUUAGUGUGUUUAGCCCGUUUGCAAUAUGUGUAUAUGAGAUGUAUCCCAGAAUGAGACCGAAAGAUCAGCUUCUAAGUGUGUACAGUGUAAAUAUUUGACUCGCAUGCAGCUGCUUUCUCUUGUUCAUUAAAUUGUGCUUCCUUCUA